AUGGUCAAGAUCCGUGCAAACUAUUUCGGCAAGUGCUUAAUGUGCUCGAUCUCUCGUUCUGAGCAGUUGCAGCAGCAUGGACAGAUCCGAGGAUGCGAGACUGGCCAGGACGGUCGUCAAGUCCGCCUUGUAUUCAUGAAGCCGCAACGUUCCAAUACGGAAGUUUCGGAAGCCAAGGCUUGGAGCUUGUUCUGGAGGCGGUGCUGCCUCCAUAAAGUUGCAUCUGCAGACACGUACCCUCUACCCUGUGCAGUGUUCCAUGGGGCAGGCGAUCCUCUGGAGCUCACGUCAGGCUUGCAUCGUGCCACCUGUGCUUGGCGUCAGAUUCUGCACUCUAGGCGCAGCGAGCGUCUCCUGAACCCGCCAGUUCGGCCAUCUCCUAGACAUUCACCUAAAUCUCAGAUGAUUGGCGUCCUUCGGAACGGGAGUCAAAGCAAAGAGAGGUUUUAUGGCAGUUAA